AUUUGCUUCAUACAAACAUUUCCAAUAUUURUGGAAGCUUGUGGAGCGUGCAGUGAAGACCAAGAUGAUACGGGUCACCAAUACCAAGGCCUCCAUAGCUGGCUCUGACAGAUUUCACACAUCCACGAAACUUCCUCCUAUUGAUGAGCUGUUCCUUUUUUUGAUGUACCUGUCCUUGGGCCAGCCACAACAAGAUCUUGCUGAAAGGUUUGGCAUUCACCGAACAACAGUAAGCAGGAUCAUCAACACGUGGGCCAACUUCCUCUACCAACUGCUUGGAAGCAAACGRCUCUGGUUGCCCAAAGAGGUGGUGCGUGCACGACUUCCGGCCGAGUUUGCUUCAUACCCUGACACCCAGGUAGUGCUUGACUGCACUGAGAUCUACUGUCAGACACCAUCAGAUCUCCUGUUGCAGAGUGAGGUGUUUUCUACUUACAAGUCCCACUCUACACUCAAGGCCAUGAUUGGCAUGGCACCUCAUGGUGCUAUCACAUUUGUCUCUGCCCUUUUUGCUGGAUCCAUGAGCGAUCGUGAGAUCUUCAAACAGUCAGGCAUUGUCAGGUUACUGCAGCCUGACAUGGCAAUAAUGGUUGACAAGGGCUUUCUAGUUGACAGUCUGGCUACUUGUAAAGUAUAUAGGCCAGCCUUCCUCUCAGGAAAAAAUCAGAUGAGCCCACAUGAUGUCCGUGAGACUCAAUCCAUUGCUCGGCUAAGGGUCCACGUAGAGCGCUGCAUCAGGAGAGUGAAGGAGAACAAACUUUUUGACCAUGUACUCCCGGUGUCUGUGUGUGGGAUCAUUGAUGAGCUCUUCAAUGUGGCUUGUUUCCUGGUCAAUUACCAGAAUGGACCCCUUGUGAAGGCAUGGGCUAAAUAAAGCAGUUGUUGUUAUCGAGGGCUGGUGUCUCUGAUUUAAGUAAUUUUAAUGAAAUAAUCCUGGCAUGUAUUUAUCAAACUUCUUAGAAUUACAUUUAAGAAUGCUGUUAAGAAUGUACCAAGUGUAAAAAAAUUAUUUGCAUAACACUGAGCCUAAAAGUCUUGUUUUGUCUUUUAUGAAAUUAACAGAUUUUGAA